AAUCUAAAAUUUUCGUUUCGUAUCUCGUUUAACUCAAAUAAUAUCGGCAAACUCGUAAAUUAUCCAGGUUUAUCACCUGUCUAGGAUGGAUUUUAUCGAUAAAUCAUUAGUUUUUCAAGACAAUUCAUCGCUUCGAUUGAAUUAGAACAUUUUCGAUUCUAAAUUACGCAGCGCAAGAACAAAGGACCGUCGCUUUUGCGCGUCAAGAGUCGGUCAAGUCCUUCGCGCAUUUAAUCGCAAGCCGCGCAUUCGAGAUCGAAUUUAGUACUCAGCAAUCUCUACGACUCGAAGAACCGCCGCCGAAAUCGCAUCAAUGUCCAACGUCGUCGCAAUUUUAACGAGUUUAACCAUUUCAAUAGUCGACGCUCACAGCCCGCGAACGUAGAACGCGUUUGACAUUUGUCGCCAGGAUUCCAACCUCACUUUCGUCAAAAAAGGAAAGGACGCGUGUUACCAAGCUCCAUAUUUUCAUUGAAUACUGGUCAAUUUAUUACUUAUAACACAAAUUACAAUAUGCCAUUAUAUGCGUGGGGUGCCAACAGCUAUGGUCAGCUGGGCUUGGGCAACAAAGUCGAUUCCGUGCUGGAGCCGACCGAGGUGAAGCUCGAGAACAGCGGGCUGAAAGCAGAGAACAUCGUUGAGAUUAGCGGCGGCGCCGGACACACGCUCAUACUCGACACCAACGGCCACGUGUACUGCUGCGGCUGGAAUUCAAAGGGGCAGCUCGGGAUCUCGGAGGAUACGAUAAAGUUCAAGCAGAUCGAGAUCCUCGCCGGUUACAAAAUCGUGCACAUAUCGUGCGGCUGGGACUUCAGCGCCGCGCUCACCGGCUGCGGCAAGUUAUUCGUCUGGGGUAACAAUGCGUAUCUGCAGCUGGGGCUCUCAAAGAGCAUCACGUGCACAGGCAUCCCAUCGCGGCUGCACGUCUCGCAGAAAAUCGCGACCGGUUUCACGCGAGUCAGCUGCGGCAUGCGACAUACGGCCAUGUUGACAAAAGAUGGCGGCGUUGUCGUUGCAGGAACAGGAGCGAAGGGCGCGUUGGGCAUUGGCGACAAUUACAACGACGACGCGUACAUGAGCAUAUCGAAGGUACCUGACCUAGAGGAUGCGCGUUCCGUCGCAGGCGGGCAGAAUCACACUGUCUGCUUGAAAAACGACGGCACGGUUCUCUCCUGGGGUGAAAACAAGCAGGGCCAGCUGGGGUUGGAUCCGGCGACGAGUAAUUUCUUCGUGCCGACAGAAGUCUUCACGCAUGAAGGCCUGGAAAAAGUCGAGGCUGGAUGGACGCAUACGUCCGUUCUGACGAAGACUGGUGAGAUUUACAACUGGGGUCGGAAUAACUAUGGGCAGUUAGGCUCGCAGCGACAGGUUCUGCAUAAGCCGGAGAAAUUGGCUGGCAUUAGCGGUAUCCAACAGCUCACGUCCGGAUCCGAGCAUAAUUUGGCCGUUAAUGGCGAGGGGCAGCUCUUUGUCUGGGGGUGGAACGAGCACGGCAGCUGCGGUACGGGCGAUGCCAAUAAUGUCAUGAAGCCGCGACAGAUCCUCACGAAUCGCACAGUCAAGCUCGCCUUCGCGUGUACCGGCCAGUCGUUCGCCGUCGUUGAGUAACUUUAAUUUUUCAUCGAUUCUAUGAAGGCAAAACUGAUUUAAUAAAUAAUUUUCAUGUUCAUAUUAAGUAUUUUUAUAAUGAUUUAAUUAGUGUAUUACUGUAUUUUUAUAAUAAACUAUGAUGCAUGAUUUUCUUUAGACUUGA